AAAUGCAACUUCUUUGUUUCACCAAAAAAAAAAAAAAAAAGGUACUGGUUCAACAGUUAGUUUUUAAACACUUUAGCCACACUACGGGCCAUCCAUGUAAUUUCCUAGUUUGAAAGAAUUUACCCAGCCCACAAGAUAAGCCAAAAUCGCGAGCCAAAUCAAUCCAAAUCUGAGUCCACAGUUGUAAGUCGUUUCUACUAUGGCUGCCGGAAAAGUCCAAACGACCUGAACCCCACUAUCCCGUCUCCACAAAAACCCAGCAGAGUUGGAGGGUUUCCCAUUUGGAUUACUAUUCCGGUCUAAGAUUUGAUGUUCAUCUUGGAAGGUCCAUUUCUAACCCAAUCUUUUGUUCCCUUGUCCUUGUGCCGUUUCAGGUUUAAUAAAUGAUACUUUGUGUAUCAUGCUUUUUUGUUUGGUGAUGCUUCGACUCCUCGACAAUCCAUCUAUGGUGGUCGACUGGGAUUUAUUUUGGUUAGCGGGUCGGGUUUUAUCGGCUAGGCAGAUUAAUUUCUUUUGAUUGGAAAGAAAAAACCAUGUACAUGAGAAAUUUGGGACUUGGAAGUUAACAAAUGAGUGGUCAAUAUGGUCUCAAAAAUUGGAUGAACAAGGAUAGCUAUGAGAGAGCAUUCGAGCAGGAAGAAGAAAAUAAAACAAGAAGAACCAGCCACUUCGUCGUCUGAAUCAUCUUCCGAAUCUGACUAUGCAACAGAUAGCUCCUCCGAUGAUGAAAAAAGGCGGAAGCGUCGGCACAAACGGCGUCGCGUGGAGGAGAAGAGUCGGAGGAGUUCCUCAAGGAGCGACAAGCAUAGGGAUAGGAGAAAGAGAGAAAGGAAGCGCAUAAAGAAGCGAAAGCAUAGAGGUGGCAACAACAGCAGUAUGAGGAGAUCAAAACGCGAGGGGAAGAGGAAGUAUUCGGAUUCUAAUGAGUCUGACUCUGGUUCCGGGUCGGACUGUGAUGAUUCCCAGCCUGAGCGGUCAAGGGAGAGUCCUGAUGACGUGGUCAAAGUCAUAUUGCAGGAGUUCCCUACUGUAGCUGGUGAUUUGGAACAGCUUCUACAAAUGAUUGAUGAUGGACAAGCUGUAGAUAUAAGGGGUUUAUCUGAAAAAUUGUUGGUCAAGCAUCUGCGGAAGUUGUUUCUGUCCUUAAACCUUAAGGAAACGGGUGAUCAUGUCUUUCUAUUACCAUCAAAAGCAAUUCCUACUUUGGAGACGGUAGGACCCUUAAUCCGCACCCAAAUGCAACUUCAAAGUCAGGAGUUUCAUCAGAAUGAUGAACAGUUCAAGCCAUUGGAUUCGGGAGUUGGACAGGAAAAUUGUAAUGCCAAUUUGGGUUUGCAAAAUGAAGAAGCUACUAGUUAUAAUGCCAAUUUGAGUUUCCCAAGUGAUAAUACUACCACUUACAAUGCUAAUUUAAGCUUGCUUGCCGAAGAAGAUACUGGCCCUAAAAGGAGGGUGAUUGGCCCUGCAAUGCCUUCUGCAGAACUACUUGCUGCCGCAGCUAAGUUGACUGAAGCACAAGCGGAGCUGAGGGAUGUUGAGCUGGAGGAAGAUACUGAAACGUUUAUAGGACCUCCACCUCCUGCUUUGGUGACUGAGGUAGAAUCAACAAACGAGGCCGAGCGGUUUGAAGAGGUUACAAGAAUCAUGGGAGCAGACACAGACAACUCAUAUGAUGUUUUAGGUGCGAACAGAAAUAUGUUGAGUGAUAACAUGAAGAAAAGGUACUGGAAGUUGUCUCUUAUGGUGCAUCCUGAUAAGUGCACUCAUCCUGAAGCUCACCAAGCAUUCAUCAAGCUGAACAAAGCCUUCAAAGAUUUGCAAGAUCCAGAUAAAAGGAAAUUUCUGGAUGAGAAAAUAAAGCGCAAGGAAGAACAAGAAGAAAUUAAGGCAGAUUUACUAGCUAUGCGUGAAGCCGCCCAAUGGAGGCGUCUACAAGGUAUCUCCAUGGAAGGUGAUGAUCUGCUGUUAGCAGAGACGGAGGUCAAAGUUGCACCAAAAAGGGAUGAAUGGAUGACAACACUGCCCCCUGAAAGAAAAGCUGGCGUCGUGAACAUGCACUCAACGACGAGCUUUAGCAAGAGCUCAAAAGAAGGCCGUGGUGAUACUAGUGUCUGGACAGACGCCCCAUCAGACCGAGCUCAAAAAGCCAAAAUGAAUUAUUUGGAAGCCUUUAAUGAGGCUUCAGCACUUGCUUCAAAAGAACAAGAAAAAAGUAGAGCAAGUGUUGAUGCUGAGCUGGUGGAACAGUAUAAUAGAGCGAGACGAUCAAAAUCUAUGGUAGAAAAGCACCAAGAGACAGCUCGGGCCAAGUCAAAGAAAAAAUGUAAGCAGGAAUCCGCGAAAGAAGAAUGGGAAGGAAAUCAUCCAUGGAAACCUUGGGAUCGUGAGAAAGAUUUGACAGCCGGAAGGCAAAAUGUUAAGCUUGAUGCCGCGGACAUGUCUCAGGGUCUCACUUCCAGGUUUUCUUCUGGAUCCUUCCAAAGGAACUUCCUCUAGCAGAGUUGUGGUGGUCGUCUUCGAUAUAUGAAUUUGUAUUGGCCCUUAAUAUAUUUUAGCUUGAAAGAGAUUUCCUGAACGUGCAUCCUCAAGUAGAUCCAGACCAUCGAGCUGUGGCUUAUAAGUUGCAGCAUGAAAUUGUUGUUAUUGCUUUUUAAUGCAUAGAUUGGAGAAUAACGAAUCGUAUCUUCAGGCAUACCAGUUCAAAAAGCCUCAUACACUUCAUCGUAUCUAUUUAGUCUAUUUUUAUAAAUUGAGAUGGUCCGAAAUAAUGACAACCAAAGUUUAGAUACUCGAAAUAGUUCCUAGUCAUUGUAUUUAUUUUCUAAUGCUAAAAACACUUUGUUUUUAACGGAGAGUUAUUUUUAUUCUCA